GUCUCUUCGCAAUUGUGCCUUUUCAUUAAGUCGGGUCGGAUCUCUCUAAUGUAUAAAACUGGGGAUUCUCCCAAUCUUCUCCACUUUCGCCAUUUUUUUGCGCCGCAACUUUUCCGUCGAUUCUACUCAAAAUCUCCGCUUAAUCGCCGCCGCCGUCGCAGCACCACCUGAAUGUUAGUCCACUCCUCCUCGCUUUCAUGACGUCUUCUGAUUCCAAUCCUUCCACCCCCGCUGUCGACUCAGCGGUGGUUUGCUUUGAAGAAAUGUACCGUCUAGAUCCGUCCCUCCGCCCCGACGGCUUGACGGGAGGAAUUGACCAUUCUAGGAUUCUGAGUGCGGUGCCUCUUCGUACGUCCGUCACCGUGGCGUCGUCGUCUCAGGCGCCGCCCUUGAAUAAGAAAAAGAAGAAAUCAAGAACGGUUCAAAGGAAGAACCCGAAGUCCUUACCCGUUACCGCACUGGAAACGGGUCCGAUUACAAAUACGGGUUGUCUUCUGUUGGACAUUGACUUUGACGAGGUGCUCCGCUUCGUGGGAGACGGCUACGUAGUGCGCCGACCGCACACAACCAACCAUGUCUUCUCAGUGACCUGCCCCGACACCGAGGUCGGGGUGCAUGUGGCGUCCAUGCGCUACGACCUUCGCUUCCCUCCUCACGAUCUGAUAGUCCAAUUUCUGAACUUCUACAAUCUUCUGCCGGGUCAGCUCAGUCCCCACUCCUAUUACUGUUUCUCAAUCUUCCUGAUUAAGUGCCACCAGAGGGGAGUCCCCUGGUCUUUGGAUUUGUUCCGUUAUAUGUUCAAAAUUUCCAAAGUGGGGGCCUUUGAAGGAAAUUCGUAUGCCGUCGUCUCUUCCCAGGCCGAGUGUGGCAUGGCCGUUUUUCCCUCAUCUUUGAAACUCUGGAAGGCCAAGUUCGUCUUUAUUUCUGGCUUUCCCAGGGACCGGCAUCCCUUCCACGCCAGGUUUCCCGAAUGUCAUACAUUCAUUCGCCAUCCUUGGCCUGCGGCCACUCCCGAGCUUCAAGCACACGCGCAAAAGCUGUUGGAAGAUUGUCGGCCUAAACCGCCUCACGUGUACACGGUGUGUACGGAGCAGAACUUGGCGGAGGUGGGGAUCCUUAUCUCCCUCGAGCGCCAAUUCCAGUUGUCCGAGGCCGUGCUUGAGAGUCUCCCUAAGCAUGGGCUUGAGGAGAGUGCCCCGAGGUCGGAAGAUAUAGAGUCGGGGGACAACGAAAGGGAAGAUGGCGGGGAGGCCGGAAACGAUGAAGAAUCAUGGCAGCCAUCCUGCUCUGAGGGGGUUGCUGGUACGAAGCCUUCUGGAGAUUUGUCCCUCCUAUCAAGGUUUUUCAUGUUGGAUGCCGAGUCUUUUAACUAUUGUUUUGUUUUGGCAGGGGAUAUGAAUCCGGUGGAAGUCAUUCGCAAGGCCAAACUGUUGGCUCGAAACCGAGGCCGAGGAGCGGAGGUUCAACAAGGAUCUCCACCCGUGGGCGCAACUGGUUCUGUUGCCUCGGCCCGGACUCAGGAAGGGGCUCUAGCCCGGAAUCAAAGAAAGAGGAUGCUCAUCCAGGUUGAGGACGAGGAAACCGCGUCCGAGCAGGAUGUGGUUCUGACCGAGAGUCCAACGGGCAAACGCCCAGGCUGUCUUCGAGGUGGAAAGAGUCCCACUUCCUUUGACAAGGCCGACGAGAAUGUGUCGGCGAAACUGAGCCUGAUCAUCGAACGUCGAGCCGGGGCCGAGUUCUCUUCUUCCGUGAACUUCCUGGCUUCGGUGGAAACGGAGUUGUCCCGCCUACGGAAGUUGGCGGAAACCGAGCGCGAACGAGCCGCCGAGCUUGAAAUGCAAGCCGUGGCGAAGUCUGAGGAGGUGGUCCGGGUGCAGGGCCUCUUGAAAGAGUCGGAGGAAUCAGCCUCCCAACUGACGGCUUCAAUGGCCGGGCUCGAGGGGCGACUGCGCCAGUCCGAGGGCCGAAUCUCCGAGCUGGAUGUUGAAUUGGCCGAAGUUGUCUCCGCGCAGCGGUCAGCGGAAGUGGAGCGGGAUCAGCUUCUUGCCGAGAGGGAGCAAGUCGUUGCUGCCGAGAAGGAGCGCGCCGUCUCUGAUUUCCUUCAGUCCCCGUCUUUCAAAGAAACCUGCCUGGAAAGGAUGGCCGCCUUCUAUGAAGAUUGGCUAAAAACCGAGGCCGACACUGAGAAAAUGGCAGUGGAGGGGACGAAGUGGUUCGAGAGUGGAGUCCAUCAUGGGAUCAAUCUCGUCCUUCGCCGGACCAGGAGAGUAGAUCCGUCCUUCCCUCCGCCUGGGGUCGACAUUCCCGAGAUGCAUGAUCCCAACUUGAACGACGAGCUCGGGGAGAAUCCGGAUUACCUUGGGACGCCCGAGCACGAGGAUACGGGUGCAGAUAAGGAUGUCGGCGAAGAACCACCCUCAGAUGUUCACCCUUAAUGUUUUCCUUGAAAUAUUUUGAAAUCUUAUCCCUUGUUGUAAUGAAAAUUUGAUUACUGUUUCAUUGCAUGCGUGAAUAGUUGAGUAGACUUCUGACAUUUUUAUUUGUAAAAUUUGAAUUGCGCCUUUUGAGGAACUGACUCUUUGGCUUUCCCACGCAAACAGACCUAACCACUGGACCGUCGCUCUGUACCACACACGUGUCACUACGCACAGUUCAUCUCUAACCACUGCGACUGUUCAAUUCCCUUAUCCCUUCGUUCAUGGGCUUAUAAAUUGGCCUUCUCCUUGCAUCGUGAAGUCCAUUCCUCCGUUCCUUUAGUAAAUCUUUUCAUGGCUU